CCCUGGGGAGGAGGAGGACUGAGAGUGACUGUCACCAUGCCUGUGCGACAGAAAGAUGCUCAGCGAGCCCUAGAGCUUUUGCAGCAGUACCGGGCCAAACUAGACCAGAGGCAGCAGAGUCAGAACCGGACCAAACAAGGCUCUGUGGAGGAAGACAGCCAGCUGCAGCAGUCUCUGGACAGAGUCAUCAAUGUUUUCCAGAGCCAGCUCUUCAGCGCCCUGCUUGACAUCCAGGAGUACUAUGAAUUGACUCUUCUUGCAGACAGCAAGUGCUCUGUGGACCAGAUCGACAGUCAAGUGAACCCUGCUGCGUCCUGCAUCCAGCCCGAAGAGCCCACAGUCCAGCCACAGCCACAGCCAACCUCUGGUGCCCUUAGCCCUCAGGCUUCUGUGGAUUCAUCCGAGUACAAACCUCUAAUCCCCAAACGCAAGUCAAUCAAGUACCCUGCUCCUCCAAUCCCAUCUGGAUUACCUGCAUCAAAUCCAUCUUCCCCUACAACACAGUCCAGCACGCCUCAGUCACAGCCAGCCAAGAUCAAGUACCGUGCCCCUCUUCCUCCUGUCCAGCCUGGGGUCUCCAACUCCACAGCAGAGGAGACCUCUAAUCCAUCCUCUCCCUCUGCUGGAGUUACAGUUAAUGGUUUUGAAACCUCAUCCAUAAAAACGCCUACUCAAGUAUCAGUAAAUGGAACAAAGCCACAUCUUGCUUCCACCAACUCUAGUGUUUCUUUAGAAAGCUCUAGUACCUCUGCCAGUCUACAAACCGAUCCUGCCUCUCCUGACCUCAAUCUGGAGACUGUCUCAGCCCUUGUCUCCAGCACCAUCCAAGGCCUUGUAUCUCCAACCACUUUAGACAAAUUCACUCCCACCAUCACCACUCCAAGCACCAGCCCAGGUCCCAACAGAGUCACAGAUAGUGCCAUCAUCUCUACGGCUCUUACCACCAGCAAUGACCCAGGCAUAGACAAAGUCACUCCCAGCCAGAGUCCAACCAGCCUCAACCAGGAAAAAUUUACCUUUGGCAGCUGUAGCCCCACAGGUUCUCCAGGCCCACUGAACAAAGGGUCUCAUCUAAGUCCAACCAGCCCUGGGCCAUUAAAGGUCACAUCCGCCAGCCCUACUCAUGGUCUAGCCAGCCCCAGGCCAGCUACAAGCCCACUGACCCCCAACAAGAAGUAUCGAUAUCAAGAAGAGGAAGGGGCGUCACCAGGCGCCCCAAAACUUCACCAACACCCCUGCCAUCAGCACCCAAUGGGAGUAGCCAGAGAGCUGAGUGAUGGAGGGACCCUGGGUAGGGAGGGGAGGGAGCGGGGGACCUGGAGGAGAGAGGGAGGGGGCACCGGGACCAUGGAGAGAGAAAGGGAACGAUCACUGGGGAGGGACGGAUCCCUUGGUCGUCACGGUGACCUGCGGGGCGCAGAGCUGGUUCAGGUGGCGGAGCGGCAGCUGUCUCAGAUUCAACAUGUUCACGGAUAUGUCACUCACACACACAUCACGCCAGCUCAGGUAGAAUCUCCUGAGGUACCAUUUGAUGACGAGGCGUGGCCUCACCAAGAGGGAGAGAGGCUGAAUGAAGUCCCAGCCCCACCUUUCUCCUCCCUCUAUUCGCAAAGCCACGCCUACUACCAGGCCAACCCCCCUCCAGUGGUGGUCAACACCGACAGCGUUGACACACCCCCUUAUGUCAAUGGAACAGAAGCAGACUUUGAGUAUGAAGAAAUCACGCUGGAGCGGGGCAACUCAGGCCUGGGGUUCAGUAUUGCAGGAGGGACUGAUAACCCCCACAUUGGAGAAGACCCCUCCAUCUUCAUCACCAAGAUUAUACCUGGAGGGGCAGCAGCCCAGAAUGGACGACUCAGGGUGAAUGACUGUAUAGUCCGAGUAAAUGAGACAGACGUCAGGGAUGUGACCCACAGCGGGGCUGUGGAGGCACUGAAGGAUGCAGGAGGUCUGGUCAGACUGUGUAUACGGCGAAGGAGGAGUCACACGGAGAGAAUCAUGGAUAUCAAGCUGGUGAAGGGGCCGAAAGGUUUAGGAUUCAGUAUAGCAGGCGGAGUUGGAAACCAACACGUCCCCGGCGACAACAGUAUCUAUGUGACUAAAGUCAUCGAGGGAGGGGCUGCACACAAAGACGGACGGCUACAAAUAGGGGACAAACUUGUAGCUGUGAAUGCCUCCUGUUUGGAGGAGGUAACUCACGAGGAGGCGGUGGCUGCCCUGAAGUCGACUCCUGACGUUGUAUACCUGCGUGUGGCCAAACACACCUCUCUUUUUAUCAAUGACAACUUCCCUCCACCCGACGUCACUAAUUCCUACUCCCCACACCAGGACAACCAUAUAAGCCCCUACAUGAGCGGCAGCCAGUCUGUAAGCCCCGCCCCAUUGACCACACCCAGAUACUCACCCCUGCCCAGGGCCAUGACCGGAGACGAUGAUGUUCCCAGGGAUCCCAGGCGGGUGGUGCUCCAGCGAGGGUCUACAGGUCUUGGUUUCAACAUUGUUGGAGGGGAGGAUGGAGAGGGAAUCUUCAUCUCCUUCAUUCUGGCAGGAGGUCCAGCUGAUCUCUGUGGGGAACUGCGCAAAGGAGACCGCAUCCUCUCGGUGAACGGCGUGGACCUGUCCAGUGCGACACAUGAGCAAGCAGCCGCAGCUCUGAAAAAUGCAGGACAGACCGUUACCAUAGUAGCACAGUACAGACCGGAGGAGUACAGUCGUUUCGAGGCGAAGAUCCAUGACCUGAGGGAACAGAUGAUGACCAGCAGUGUCAGUUCCAGCUCCACGUCGCUCCGCUCCACACAGAAACGCACACUUUACGUCAGAGCGUUGUUCGACUAUGAUGGGAGUGCGUCAGACCUGAGCGCGCAGUCCCUGCCGUUUCACUUCGGGGAUAUCCUUCAUGUGAGCAGCGCAGGCGAAGAGGAGUGGUGGCCAGCACGUCACCUCAGCCCCCCGCCCCCAAACUGCCCUGAAGUCGGGGUCAUCCCCAGCCGCAGGAGGGCAGAGAAGAAGGAGAGGUCGAGGUUAAAGACGGUCAGAGUGUCAAGGUCUCAGGAUAGAUCGGAUCAGGAUGAUAAGGAGCUGGUAACCUCUGGCACCAGCGAUAGUGAAAGUUGUUCCUCUGGCCAGGAGGAGACUUUCCUUACCUACCAACCAGUCAUGCAGCAGGAAGUUAAUUACACGCGGCCAGUCAUCAUUCUUGGGCCGAUGAAAGAUCGAGUUAACGAUGACCUCAUCUCCGAGUUCCCUGACAAGUUUGGCUCCUGUGUCCCACACACAACGCGGCCUCGGCGAGACUACGAGGUGGACGGCAGAGAUUAUCACUUCAUGGCCUCCAGAGAACUCAUGGAGCAAGAGAUCCAGGAACACAAGUUCAUCGAGGCCGGCCAGUAUAACAACCAUCUGUAUGGAACCAGCAUACAGUCUGUCAAAGAAGUCGCUGAGAAGGGUAAACAUUGUAUACUGGAUGUAUCAGGGAAUGCGAUAAAGCGCCUCCAGAUGGCAGGCCUCCACCCCAUUGCUAUCUUCAUUAGACCAAGCAAUGUCAACAACAUCCUAGAGAUGAACAAGCGUUUUACUGAGGAGCAGGCGAGGAAGACUUACGACAGAGCUGUCAAACUGGAGCAGGAGUUCACAGAGUACUUCACCGCUAUAGUCCAGGGCUCGUCUCUAGAGGAAGUGUAUUCGCAGGUGAAGCUGAUCAUUGAUGAGCAGUCUGGUCCAUACAUCUGGGUGCCCACCAAGGAGCGGCUCUGA